CUACUGGGAGUUCUGCGGGCGUGUGAGCUUCGUGUGUGCGUGCGUGGAUUUCUCGCCGCCGCGGUCUGCGCAGCUCCGGAGGUUUAACCACGGCACAGAAAAACAGGAAUGUGAAGAAAUGAAAAUGGAUUCAAACAUGAAUGUGAAUUCUAUUACCAUCUCUGUGGAGGGGAUGACAUGCAACUCCUGUGUUCAGACCAUUGAGCAACAGAUUGGAAAAGUGAAUGGUGUACAUCACAUUAAAGUUUCCCUGGAAGAAAAAAAUGCAACUAUUAUUUAUGAUCCUAAACUACAGACUCCAAAGACCUUACGGGAAGCUAUCGAUGACAUGGGCUUUGAUGCUACUCUCCAUAACCCCAGCCCUCUCCCUGUUUCAACUGAUACCGUGUUUCUGACUGUUACUUCUUCCCUGGCUCCACCGUGGGACCAUAUCCAGAACAUGUUGCUUAAGACAAAGGGUGUGACCGAUGUUAAAAUUUCCCCUCAGCAAAGAACUGCAGUAGUGACAAUAGUCCCUUCUGUAGUGAACGCCAAUCAGAUAGUAGAGCAGGUUCCAGAUCUCAGUUUAGAUGUUGGGACUCUGGACAGAAAAUCAGGAAGUGAGGAUCACAGCAUGGCUCAAGGUGGUGAAGUUAUGAUAAAGGUGAAAGUGGAGGGGAUGACGUGCCAUUCAUGUACCAGCACCAUUGAAGGAAAAAUUGGGAAACUGCAAGGUGUUCAGCGAAUUAAAGUCUCCCUGGACAACCAAGAAGCUACUAUUGUUUACCAACCUCAUCUUAUCACAGCCGAAGAAAUAAAAAAGCAGAUUGAAGCUGCAGGCUUCCCAGCGUUCAUCAAAAAACAGCCCAAGUACCUCAAAUUGGGAGCUAUUGAUGUAGAGCGUCUCAAGAACACACCAGUCAAAUCCUCAGAUGGAUCACAGCACAGGACAUGGUCACACGCCGGUGAUUCAACAGCUACUUUCAUCAUAGAAGGCAUGCAUUGUAAAUCGUGUGUGUCGAACAUUGAAAGUUCUUUAUCUACACUCCAGUAUGUAAGCAGUGUAGUAGUUUCUUUAGAGAAUAGGUCUGCCGUUGUAAAGUACAACGCAAACUUAGCCACUCCAGAAACUCUGAGGAAAGCAAUAGAAGCUGUAUCACCAGGGCAAUAUAGAGUUUGUAUUGCAGGGGAAGUGGAGAGUUCCCCCAACUCUCCCUCCAGCUCGUCUGUUCAGAAGAUGCCUUUGAACAUAGUAAGCCAACCUCUGACUCAGGAAACUGUGAUCAACAUCGGUGGUAUGACUUGUAGUUCUUGUGUGCAGUCUAUUGAAGGUGUCAUAUCAAAAAAGCCAGGGGUAAAAUCCAUACGAGUCUCCCUUGCAAAUAACAGUGGGACUGUUGAAUAUGAUCCUCUACUAACCUCUCCAGAAACCUUGAGAGAAGCAAUAGAAGACAUGGGGUUUGAUGCUACCUUGUCAGGUAUGAGUGAACCAUUGGUAGUAAUAGCUCAGCCCUCAUCCGAAAUACCACUUUUGACUUCAGCUAAUGAAUUGUAUCCUAAAAUGAUGACACCAGUUCAUGACAAGCAGGAGGCAAAGGCUUCAUCUAAGUGCUACAUACAGGUCACUGGCAUGACUUGUGCUUCCUGUGUUGCAAACAUUGAACGGAAUUUAAGAAGAGAAGAAGGAAUAUAUUCUGUACUUGUGGCCUUGAUGGCUGGCAAGGCAGAAGUAAGGUAUAAUCCUGCUGUUGUGCAACCCGCAAUGAUAGCGGAGUUCAUCCGAGACCUUGGAUUUGGAGCUACAGUGAUAGAAAGCGCCAGUGAAGGGGAUGGUGUUUUGGAACUUGUUGUGAGAGGAAUGACAUGUGCCUCCUGUGUACAUAAAAUAGAAUCUACUCUCACAAAACACAGAGGGAUCUUCUACUGCUCUGUGGCCCUGGCAACAAACAAAGCACACAUUAAAUAUGAUCCAGAGAUUAUUGGUCCCAGAGAUAUUAUCCAUACAAUUGAGAGCUUAGGUUUUGAAGCUUCUUUGGUCAAGAAGGAUCGGUCAUCAAGCCACCUAGACCAUAAACGAGAAAUAAGACAAUGGAGACGGUCUUUCCUUGUGAGCCUAUUUUUCUGUAUUCCUGUUAUGGGGCUGAUGAUAUAUAUGAUGGUUAUGGACCACCACCUUGCAACCCUGCAUCAUCAUCAGAACCUAACUAAUGAAGAAAUGAUCAAGAGGCAUUCUUCUAUGUUUUUGGAGCGCCAGAUCAUGCCAGGAUUGUCCAUUAUGAAUUUACUGUCCUUCCUUCUGUGUUUACCUGUCCAGUUCUUCGGAGGCUGGUACUUUUACAUUCAGGCUUACAAAGCGCUGAAGCAUAAGACAGCAAAUAUGGACGUACUGAUUGUGCUGGCUACCACCAUUGCAUUUUCUUACUCCUUGGUUAUUCUUCUGGUUGCAAUGUAUGAGAGGGCUAAAGUGAACCCCAUUACUUUCUUUGACACGCCUCCUAUGUUAUUUGUGUUUAUUGCACUAGGCCGAUGGCUGGAACAUAUAGCAAAGGGGAAAACAUCAGAAGCUCUUGCAAAGCUAAUCUCACUACAAGCUACAGAGGCAACUGUCGUAACUCUUGACUCUGAUAAUAUUCUCCUGAGUGAAGAACAAGUGGAUGUGGAACUAGUGCAACGCGGAGACAUCAUUAAAGUAGUUCCAGGAGGCAAAUUUCCAGUGGAUGGUCGUGUCAUUGAAGGACAUUCCAUGGUGGAUGAGUCCCUUAUCACAGGGGAGGCAAUGCCUGUGGCUAAGAAACCAGGCAGCACAGUGAUUGCUGGUUCCAUUAAUCAGAACGGGUCACUCCUUAUCCGGGUAACCCAUGUUGGAGCAGACACAACCCUUUCUCAAAUUGUCAAACUUGUGGAGGAGGCACAGACAUCAAAGGCUCCUAUUCAGCAGUUUGCAGACAAACUCAGUGGCUACUUUGUUCCUUUUAUUGUUUUUGUUUCCGUCGCUACCCUGGUGGUAUGGAUUAUAAUUGGAUUUUUGAAUUUUGAAAUUGUGGAAACCUACUUUCCUGGCUACAAUAGAAGCAUCUCCCGAACAGAAACUAUAAUACGCUUUGCUUUCCAAGCUUCUAUCACAGUUCUUUGUAUUGCAUGUCCAUGUUCACUGGGACUAGCCACUCCAACUGCUGUGAUGGUGGGCACAGGAGUAGGUGCCCAAAAUGGAAUACUAAUCAAAGGUGGAGAACCAUUGGAGAUGGCUCAUAAGGUAAAGGUAGUGGUAUUUGAUAAGACUGGAACCAUUACCCAUGGAACCCCAGUAGUAAAUCAAGUCAAGGUUCUAGUGGAAAGUAACAAAAUAUCACGCAGUAAGAUUCUGGCCAUUGUGGGAACUGCAGAAAGUAACAGCGAACACCCUCUUGGAGCAGCUGUAACCAAAUACUGCAAGCAGGAGCUGGACACUGAAACCUUGGGAACUUGCAUAGAUUUCCAAGUUGUGCCAGGCUGUGGUAUUAGCUGUAAAGUAACCAAUAUUGAAGGUUUGCUACGUAAAAAUAACUGGAAGAUAGAGGAGAACAAUAUUAAAAAUGCAUCCUUGGUUCAAAUUGAUACAACUAACGAGCAGUCACCAACUUCAUCUUCCAUGAUUAUUGAUGUGCAGAACUCAAGUACCCCUAAUUCUCAGCAGUACAAAGUCCUCAUUGGUAACCGGGAGUGGAUGAUUAGAAAUGGCCUGGUCAUCAGUAGUGAUGUAGAUGAUUCCAUGGCUGAGCAUGAGAGGAAAGGCCGCACCGCUAUAUUGGUGGCAAUUGAUGACCAGCUGUGCAGCUUGCUAGCCAUCGCUGACACCGUGAAGCCCGAGGCAGAGCUGGCCGUCCACAUUCUGAAAUCCAUGGGCUUGGAAGUAGUUCUGAUGACUGGAGACAACAGUAAAACAGCCAGAUCUAUUGCCUCUCAGGUUGGCAUCACUAAAGUGUUUGCUGAAGUUCUACCUUCUCACAAGGUUGCUAAGGUGAAGCAACUUCAAGAGGAAGGGAAGCGGGUGGCAAUGGUAGGAGAUGGAAUCAAUGACUCCCCGGCUCUGGCCAUGGCUAAUGUUGGAAUUGCCAUUGGCACGGGCACAGAUGUAGCCAUUGAAGCAGCUGAUGUGGUUUUGAUAAGGAAUGAUCUUCUGGAUGUAGUGGCAAGUAUUGACUUGUCAAGGAAGACAGUCAAGAGGAUUCGGAUAAAUUUUGUCUUUGCUCUAAUAUAUAAUCUGGUUGGAAUUCCCAUAGCUGCUGGAGUUUUUCUGCCCAUUGGUUUGGUGUUGCAGCCCUGGAUGGGAUCUGCAGCAAUGGCUGCUUCCUCUGUUUCAGUGGUACUUUCUUCUCUCUUCCUUAAACUGUAUCGGAAACCAACCUAUGAGAAUUAUGAACUGCAUUCCAGGAGCCAGAUAGGACAGAAGAGUCCCUCAGAAAUCAGUGUUCACAUCGGGAUAGAUGAUACCUCAAGAAAUUCUCCUAAACUGGGUUUGCUGGACCGGAUUGUUAACUACAGCAGAGCCUCCAUAAACUCACUGCUGUCUGAUAAGCGCUCCCUAAACAGUGUUGUCACCAGUGAACCAGACAAGCACUCGCUCCUGGUGGGAGACUUCAGGGAGGAGGACGACACCACCUUGUAGGAGGCCACACAGAGCACUGAUGGCUGCGCUUGCUUUGCUUGGACUCAGCAUUCAUGACUCCGCCUUAGGUUCUUGAAGGAAUGUGGAAGGAUUUUUCUGUGGGUCUCAUACUCUUAUAUCACAGGUUCGUAGUUGCCUUUGUCCAAAGGCCAACACCACCUUAUCUCCAGGACAUCAACUCUGAACCUAGCUUUACUCCCACUUACUUUCCAGCAGUCUUUGCUUUUGCUGGCAACAGACAAGGCAAAGCAGUGGGGUUUACAGCAAGGCCUACAACCAGAGACUGCUGAAGCAGUAGCUUCUUUUUGCUUGACCCAAAUGGAAGUCCAAGAAGAGGAAAAAUAAAAUGUUGCUGAUUUGAGAACCUGAUCUUGAGACUAAUCUUGAGCCCAUAUCCCUGCCCAUUGGGGAGUAGUGGCUUUCAAAGCACUGUACAAAGCAUCCAGUUUUAGAAGGCUAACAGUUGAAGCUGUUUAAAAAAUAGAUGUGCCUUAUUUAUUGCAGGCUUCUUGUUUUUGCUCCUAUCUUCCCUAUAUCCUUGUCCUUAUCCUUGCAGUUGUUUUCUUGCAAUACUCCAGUGUGUCUUUUGUUAUCUUCUUCCCAGUGAGCCAAGUUUGGUAGUUUUCCGUUGAUAAAAUUAACCGACAGCUCUUCCAGUACCUUGUUCCUUUUUAAAAUUUUGUCACUGAAAAGACCUUUAAGGGCCUGUAGAGUUCUCCAGCCAUCUUCCCAUUGCAGAAAAGGUGUCCAAUUCUUCAGGCUCCCUAGCUCUGUGCUAGCUUUGAAUUCACUCCUGCUAAGUUCAACUUUAAGUUGUUCUUGGUGUAAUCUCUCAAUCUUAGUCCAGAGAAUUAAUGUUUUGAGUCUUUUCUGCUCAAAAGAGUUUCAAAGAUUAACACUAUUUUAACAUAUACGGGUCAUACAUGAUUACCUGGGUUCACUAAGUUCAUCUUUUUUGAAUAGGCUACAAUCUCUUUCCUAGUACAUAGCAUUUACUAUAUUUUAAUUGUCUUUUAGUGUUUCAAAUAGGUUCUCAAAAAUUUUUAAGACAAUGUGUUUGACAGCUCUGCUUUUACCAAAAAUAAGGUCAGUUAUAAUAAUGCAAUCAGAAUUUCCCUAGCUUAUGAUCCCUUUUAGUCAGAUGUCUAUUUCAGUUUAGAAUGUUUGUACUUGCCUAAUUCAUGUUAGCAAAUGCAGUGGCUUAUUCCCAUUGCCAAAUGAAUUCAGAAAUCCCCCACCCCCAUGAGUGCCUGAGAACUGAAACACUACUCAGAAAUCUGGUACUGGCAUGGUUAUUUAAGUUUCCCUGCUAAACUGCAAGGUGGAUUUCAUGUGUGGAAUACACAAGUGAAGAGAACUCCUGAAGAAAUUGCUAACAUUUUGCAUCCAUGUUCUUGGGCAAAAGCUAGCUCAGUGCCUGAUAUAUAGAACUUGUACUGAGCAAAUGUUAGUUCUUUUCUCCCCCUAAGAUUAAUGAUAAAUAUAAAAAAUCAUUUUGAUAGAGCAGAGUUCAGAAUCAGGUGGUAGUGAGGGGUAAGUUUGCUCUAAUCCAGCUGCCUUUGUCUUUUGCCCUUAAACACAAGCAUACACACACACUACACACAUGUACAUGUUCACUUAUUCCAUAGAUUUGGAGAUGAUCUAAUUUCUGUCUCAGCUAUCUUUAAGGGAGAACUGAAACUUUUGAUGAAGGUGCUAUUAAUCCAUUUAAACCCAUUUUAAGGAAUUAUGAAUGAGAUAGGUAUCUAAGUUCUUCUGUAGACCAGCUCUUAUGUCAAUUUUUGUGCUUCCAACUUAAGUUUUAAUGUUUCUUUCUUAUUUUAAUUCAGAUGGCCCAGCUAAUAUGACAAAUGUAAAAUUGAUAUAUCUUAUUCUAAAGCCAAAUUUUCAAAAGAAUAUCCCUCCCUUCCCUCUCUCAUUUUCUUUUCUCUCUCAAGCACUUAAACAUAACCAAUUACUAUUAUUAUUAUUAUUAUGUGUAUGUUUGAGGCAUGCUCUGGGCCCCAUAUACAUGUCAUAGAACAGUGGCAGUAGCAGCUUAUGGUUUGGGAAUAAUCAAAGAUAUAAUUUCAGCUCUGCAACAGAUAUCAUGGUAUUUAGAAAGAGUUGUGCAUUAAAUAUCUACAGUCAAAUUUUGUAACCUUAAUUUCCCAUUAGCUUGAGAAAACCGUAUUCACGAGAGAUGAUUUAUAAAUAGGAUUAAAACCAUGAUUUUCAAUUAGUAACUAGUUUUAAGUAACUAGUUACCGCUAGUGAGAACAAUUUUAUGUUUGUGUGUUUGUUUAUUCACAUACAUAGGAAUAUAUAUAUGUACACACAUAUUACUGUGCAGAAAGAAAAAUGAUUUGUUUUUGAUAUUGGAGUAUUUGAAGUUCUCUAUUUGUGUUUAUCAUUCUUUUGUAUUCACUCAGCAACCAUGCCCUGAGUCUGAAGAAAACGCUUUGAUGUCCAGUGUUGGUUCAGACUUUAACAUGGGGCACCUUUAGCUUAAAUAUCCAAAGAUGCCUUCUGAAUUUCAAAUAGUAAAACACAACUAGAGCAUUUACUGUGAUAGUCUAAAGGAGUGUGGUUGUCAGUUGUGAAAAUAGAAAUAUUUUUUCCCUAGUUCAGUGUCAACAUUUUAUAAUGAUAAAUUUGAUGCCUUGUGAACAAAUAAUUUUAUAUUGUGCUUUAAUUUUUUUAAUUUCUUCAUUCAGAUGUCAAAAAUGCUAAAAGUAGCACUCUAGACAUUUCCAAAAGUUUUAGUGUGUGUAUUUUUCCUGUACACAGCUUAAAAUCAAAAAUGUGUGUUAGAGAUUUUUUUCCCGUUGCUUGGGGAUCUUGCUUUAAAAUGAUUCUUCUUGAUAUUUAUUUGACUCGGUUUUGUUAUUUUCUUUGGGUGAGGAAUCUGGCUACUGGUUAUUUUAAAGAAGAAAAAAGACAUUCCUGUAAUCACUCCAUUUUGGGUUUUUUUGUUGUUGUUGUUUAUUUCUCACUUUUCUAUAUGAAAAAGUAUUGUUUUACCAAAUGUAAAAAGGUAGAUUAGUGCCAAAUUAAUGCCUGUUUUUACACUUGCUUUCUGUAGUCCGCUAAUCUGUUAUGAGUAGCUAGAGAAAGCACAAAGUUUCACUCAUUGAAUUCUUGAUCUUCGGUUAAAAAGACCUCUUUAAUUUGAUAAUGAAAGUGCCAUUUGCAGCCAAAACCAGGCAUUUCAAAGUUAUGUUUUCAGGUUAAGAAAUGUUUAGCUAAGCAUUGUUAAAUGUUGAUUUAUGGUACCCCCAAACAACAGUGAAUGAUAUUGUGUACUGUCCAUCUACUGUGGUCAAGCUCUUCCAUAGUUUGUUUUUCCAUAAGCAUGUUAUUGAUCAUAUUUCUACCAGAGAUGUGCCUUGAACUUUAUAA